AUGAAGAAGGAGGAGGAGGCGCAAACCUGCCAAAAAAGAUGCAAAGGGAUAGCUAUAAAAACAGGCGAGAAAAAAAGGGAGAGAGAGUUGGAAGAAGCUGGAGAACUGGAAAUGGAGACCAACCGUGAAGGAGUCGAAAGAAAGAAGUCUACGAGCUCUAAGGAUGAACGAAAACAGUUGAUUGAUUGAUGGAAUGGAAUGGAAUGGCUGAUGAUUGCCGAGAUGGAAGCAGAAAAAGCAGGGAGAACCAGGUCCGAAAUCUAAGAUGGGUGUUGUUUUUUCUGAUGGCAAAUAAACUAGAGAGAUGUAUAUAUAAGAUGGAGGGUUUGAAGAAGGAGGAAGGGAGAGAAGUAUGUGAGGAGACUGCACACGGCCCACACACACCUCUCCACCACUCCACCACUCCGCGGUACAAAGCAAACAGGGACCGGACCAUACACGACCACGACCACAUACCUCCACCGACCAAUCAAUCCACCACCUCCACCACACACCGACACAAACACGCCAGCCAUCCAUCCGGAUCAACAACAAAACUUUAAAACAACAGCAAAGAAAGAAAA